CCCGUAUCAUCCUACAGGAAGAGAGCAGCGACAAUAACAACAACAGCGUCUGGCAGCUGUGCAGUUAUUGCCUAAUGUCCGAUAUCAAAUUUUCAUUAAGCGUUAUAAACUCACUUUGAUUUAUUUGUAUAUCGUCUCGUUGGGUCUUUUAAAUAUUUAAUGGAUGAUCAGAUCUAGACCAUAUAACUGCUGAAGAUAUCAGAAAACCAGCGGUGAACUCUUCUCUGACAUCAUGGCCCAGCAGAGAGGAGUCAACAGCCUUCAGUUCAACCAGGACCAGAGUUGUUUCUGCUGUGCCAUGGAAACAGGUGUCCGCAUUUAUAAUGUGGAACCUUUAAUGGAAAAAGGUCAUUUAGACCACGAGCAGGUGGGCAGCAUCGCCCUGUGUUCAAUGCUUCACCGAUCAAACCUCUUGGCUGUGGUGGGAGGCGGCGUCAACCCCAAAUUCUCUGAAAUCUCAGUAUUAAUAUGGGAUGAUGCUCAGGAAGUGCGAGACCCCAAGGACAAAUUAGUACUUGAGUUCACAUUCACCAAACCAGUGCUCGCUGUGCGCAUGAGACAUGACAAAAUCAUCAUUGUCCUGAAAAAUAGGAUCUACGUUUAUAGUUUCCCAGACAACCCUGUCAAGCUUUUUGAGUUUGACACUCGAGAUAACCCAAAAGGUUUGUGUGACCUUUGUCCUAGUUUGGAAAAACAAUUGCUGGUUUUCCCUGGACACAAAUGUGGCAGUCUACAAUUAGUGGAACUUUCCAACACAAAACCUGGCACAUCUUCUGCCCCUUUCACUAUAAACGCCCACCAAAGUGAAAUCGCCUGCCUGGCGCUGAACCAGCUGGGCAGCGUGGUUGCGUCUGCCUCCAGAAAGGGCACGUUGAUCCGUCUGUUUGACACUACGACACGAGACAAGCUAGUGGAACUACGGAGAGGAACUGACCCUGCUACGCUCUACUGUAUUAAUUUCAGCCACGACUCAUCAUUUCUGUGUGCAUCAAGCGACAAGGGAACUGUGCACAUAUUUGCUCUGAAAGACACCAAACUGAACCGUCGCUCUGCUUUGGCACGUGUAGGAAAGGUGGGUCCGGUCAUCGGGCAGUACGUGGACAGUCAGUGGUCUCUGGCUAAUUUCACGGUGCCGGCUGAGUGCGCUUGCAUCUGUGCUUUUGGGAAGAACACCUCCAAAAACGUCAACUCUGUUAUUGCCAUAUGUGUUGAUGGGACAUUCCACAAGUAUGUCUUCACCCCUGAUGGGAACUGCAACCGCGAGGCUUUUGAUGUGUAUCUGGACAUUUGCGAUGAUGAUGAUUUUUAAGGCUGGAGAUUGAGUUUUAUCUAAUGUAAAAUAGUGGUCACUUUAACAGUGAACUCUAAUGGUUAAAAUCUAACCGUUGCUUGUUUCUGUGAGUUUAUAUUACUGCCUUGUAUAAUCAAAUGUAUAUAAAAUCAGUCUGUGAGAGGAAA